AUGGACCCAUCCGCCUCAAAAUACCACGUCAGCGUCGGGAUCCCACCAGCAACAGCCGACAAGGCCCUUUUGCUAGUCAUACUCGCCGACUUCGACGAGGCACACAAGAAAAAGCUCAUAGAGCAUCUCCAGUCUCCGGAUGCGAACUACGUGAUCGAGCCGUGGUGCCCAAGCCCCUCGGUUCUGCGAUUGCUUGCCCCCCAGACCGACCGGCGGGACAGCCUAUCUACUCUGUACGCCCUCGCUAUUCUGGCCCAUCGGGCCGGGCGCGAGGGCUUCAUCGUCGCAGAUGAGGCUACUAAGCGCCGGGUUGAGGGCCAUUUUCCUGUUCGCGGGGAGAGGGCAGUUAUCUCGGUGGUGAUGGUCGCCGUGCGCAAGGACGAGAGCACUGGCCGGCUGCGCGUCAUUGUGAAGCGCGAGUCCAUGCGUGGCGAGGAUGACAGUGAAGAGGGAGAUAUCGAGGAAGAGGCCGAUGGUAGCGAGCGCGAGCGCGAGCGCGAAGGCCAAAAAUUUGAUUUAAGUACUGCUCUUCGCAGCUUCGAGGUGAAAUAUGAUUUCCAAAACGCACAGAGACUAGAUAAGGAACCGGCGAUAUACUUCGAGCUUGGCUUCGAGCUUCACGACCCCGAGGACUUGCCUUUUACGCCGUGUACUGCUGAUUACUUCGCAUUCGAGGCGAGUACAAAUGGGUUGGUGCAGGCUAUGGCUGAGAGCACACCAUUGCCUCCUGAGCUGGUGAUGGACGUCACGGCAAGAGCCAAUAGGCAGAUAGGGGAGCCGAUUCCGCUUCCUGAGGAUUUGCAGACUGCGCACACGGACCCGGUUAUCAAUAUCCUUGUUUGCUUUCCGACGACGGAGGGUCAGCGGGCAGAGUUGCAGGCUGUCCUUCAGAAGGCAGUCCACGAAAGGUUCGAAGACCUGGCACUCCAAAGAAAGAAUGAGAAAGGGGAUCAAGACGCAGAUGAGAACAAAGCUAAUGAGGGAGCACUUGAAGAUGAAUGCCAAGAACCCAGCGUCCGUCUGAUCCCUUGGGAGAAGGAUCACAAACCAUCUCGCCGUGACAUUACUAUUAUGCACGAAGGGCUUAUCUCGAAAAUAGAGUGGGAACAUUACCGUAAGAAGUUCAAGGCGCCUUAUAUUCUGUCGGCAACCAUUCAGGGCGAGGACCUUCUUUCAUGCCAGCUGCUGUCCAUUUGUGAAACGACGCUGGGACUUGGUGUUUAUUGGACAUCUCUGCGUGACAUUGUGAAGCAGAAACAAUGCAGUGAUGAAUGGGAAGCCUGCGGGAAAUUCGAGGACAAUGUGGAACUUCUUCCAUAUCCAAAGAUCCAGACUGGCUUUGAUAAGCCGUUCUAUCCCACCCCGCGACCUGGGUAUCCUGCCGGACGCUAUCUAUCGCUUGCCUUAAUCUUCCUCACCAACAAGCUCACCCGCAGCCAGAUCGAAUCUAUUUACAAAGAGGUCGUGCAACUUGGACAGUACGAUGACCCCUCGUUUCGAAAGGUUGUCUGCCCUGUGCCCUGGAAGGAAGGGGAGGAGGACGCAGAGGAUGGCACGGUUGAGGAUAUGUAUAGGCUUUACCAGGAGUACCGAGAGAGAUGCGAAGGAUCUGUCGUGUUUGUUGAUCAGCAAUCUGCAGUUGAUCACAAAGUCAUCGUGACAGGGGCCCUGUCCUUCUCUUCGUACGGUCGACCAGAUGUAGAUGAGCUAUUGAAAGACGUUCCGAAUGCCAAGUUCCGAGGCUUUCAAUAUGGACGAAAGAAGGGCCGUGAAGCCUGGUGUGUGUGGGCUAACAUCAGCCUUGGGAACAUGGACAUCGAAGAGUGCUUCGAUGACGAGAGUGACGUGAACACUUAUCUACGACCUGAUUGGCCAUAUCAUCAUAAACUUGAUGAAUUUGGGGAUUGGGUUGACUCUGACGCUGGCGAGGACGAAGGGUAA